AUGUUAUCAUCGCAACGUCGUCAUAUACUACAUGUAUGUUGUUUUCUAAUAUUUAUUUUUAUAUUUGAAAUAUUGGCCGGUGGUAUAAUUUUAUUUCCAUCAUAUCAAAUAUCUUCCAUAUAUAUAACUGAUAAUCCAAUUGAAUAUUAUGGUUUAUAUUCAACUAUAAUUAUUUAUUUUAUACGUUUAUUAUCAUUAUUACCAUUACCAUUGGCUAUAUGUCAUACAUGUGGUUUAAUAUUAUAUAAUGUUUUUCCUGAUCGACCAACAUUAGAAAAUUCACCAUUAUUAGGACCAAAAAUUCGUAUACGUGUUGUUACACGUGGUGAUUAUCCUGAUUUAGUACGUACAAAUAUUAAACGUAAUUUAGAUACAUGUUCAAAAGUUGGUUUAAAUAAUUUUCAAAUUGAAAUUGUUACUGAUAAAUUAAUUAAUUUAAAUGGUUUACCAAUAAAUAUGAUAAGAGAAAUUCUUGUACCAAAUGAUUAUAGAACUAAAACAGGUGCAUUAUAUAAAUCACGUGCAUUACAAUAUGCAUUAGAACCUGAUAUAAAUCAAUUAUCACCAAAUGAUUAUAUUGUACAUUUAGAUGAAGAAACAUUAUUAACAGAAAAUUCUGUUCGUGGUAUAUUAAAUUUUGUUAAUUCAAAUAAAUAUGAUAUUGGACAAGGUUUAAUAACAUAUGCAAAUGAAACAAUUGUUAAUUAUAUAACAACAUUAGCUGAUAGUAUGCGUGUUGGUGUUGAUUUAGGAUGUUUAAGAUUUUGUUUAAAAAAAUUUCAUAAACCACCAUUCUUAUUUAAAGGAUCAUUUGUUGUAUGUCGAGCACAAUGUGAAUUUGAAGUAACAUUUGAUAAUGGACGUGCUGGUUCAAUAGCUGAAGAUACUUAUUUUGCUAUGUUAGCUAUGUCAAAAAAUAAAAAAUUUGGAUGGAUUGAAGGUGAAAUGUGGGAAAAAAGUCCAUUUACAUUAACAGAUUUUAUUAAACAACGUAAACGAUGGUUACAAGGAAUUCUAUUAGUUGUACAUGAUAGACGUUUACCUAUUCGAGUUCGAAUUGGAUUAGGCAUUGCAUUAUAUUCCUGGGUUACAUUACCAUUAACUUCAUUAAAUGUUAUUCUUACUCCACUUUGUCCUAUACCUUUACAUUGGACAUUAAAUUUUUUAAUUGGUUAUGUUGGAGCUGUUAAUAUUUAUUUAUAUAUAAUAGGUGCAGUUCGUUCAUUUUCAUUAGUACGUUUAGGUUAUGCACAAUUUGCACUUCGAAUAUGUGGUACAUUAGCAACAAUACCAUUUGUUAUUGUAUGUGAAAUAACUGCAGUUCUUUGGGGUUUAUUUAGUGACAAAGGAAAAUUUUAUAUUGUUGAUAAACAAUUAGGAUCAAUGAACUUUUUUUCUUCUGUUGGUGUUAUUGUUCUGGCCUCGACUGGAGCUGCAUAUAUAAUAAAAGACGAUCAAUCAUCAUCGUCGUCUGUCGUUGGUGGUACUAAAUCAAAAACAAGUUCAAUGAGUUCAUCAGAAGAAGUUUCAUGGAUUUCAUGGUUUUGUGGUCUUCGUGGUAAUGAAUUUUUUUGUGAAGUUGAUGAAGAUUAUAUUCAAGAUAAAUUUAAUUUAACUGGUCUUAAUGAACAAGUACCUCAUUAUCGUCAAGCACUUGAUAUGAUUCUUGAUCUUGAACCAGAUGAUGAUCUUGAUAAUCAAGAUAAUCCUAAUCAAUCUGAUUUAAUUGAACAAGCUGCUGAAAUGCUCUAUGGUCUUAUUCAUGCACGUUAUAUAUUAACUAAUAAUGGUAUAGCACAAAUGCUUGAAAAAUUUCAAAAUGGUGAUUUUGGUCUUUGUCCUCGUAUUUACUGUGACAAUCAACCAAUGUUACCGAUUGGCUUAUCAGAAGUUCCUGGUGAAGCUAUGGUUAAACUUUAUUGUCCUAAAUGCAUGGAUGUUUAUACACCUAAAAGUUCUCGACAUCAUCAUACAGAUGGUGCAUAUUUUAGUACUGGUUUUCCUCAUAUGUUAUUUAUGGUUCAUCCAGAAUAUCGACCAAAACGACCAACAAAUCAAUUUGUUGCACGUCUUUAUGGUUUUAAAAUUCAUUCAAUGGCUUAUCAAUUACAAUAUCAAGCAGCAGCUAAUUUUAAACAAUCAAAUUCAACUUCAGUUAUUCCAAGUAGUGCUGGUGGAACAACAACAACACGACCACUUAUUAAAGAUUAA